CUGCGUUGCUUGAGAAAGGAGGAAGAGGAGGAUUAUACGAUGGCGCCUGAUAGGGGACGGUCUCUUGGCGAGACCACAGAGGCGGACAGAAUGCUGGACCACGACGAGCACCAGGCGCUCCACUACGAAACGAGUCGCAGCAUUGCUCAAGAGCCCAUCGGCCACGAGCCAGACCCAGAGUUCCUCGAGAAGAUGAGCGAGCAGCCGCAGUUUACAAUACGGUCUCUGCUUGUUGGUUCAAUUAUCGGCAUCCUGAUUGCUUUCUCCAACACAUACUUUGGCCUACAGACGGGUUGGAUAUCUGGUAUGGCCAUGCCGAGCGCACUCAUUGGCUUCGCAUACUUCAAGGGCCUGCGAACAUUGUCGCGAUCGCUUGGAGGCGCCUUUGAGCGUAUGGGACUUGGCCAAGGCUUUAGCGAAGUAGAGAAUGUGUUGGUCCAGACUGUAGCCGGCUCGGUCGGAACGAUGCCGCUGGGUUGCGGUUUUGUCGGCGUUGUGCCUGCGCUAGAAUUCUUGCUCAAGCCAUCCGAGACUCCGCAAGAAGAGCAGUUCGCGUUGACUGUGCCAGACCCACCGAGAGAGAUGACGGGCAUCCGUCUGCCUCUGGAGAAGCUGAUCCUGUGGGCUCUUGGACUCUGCUUCUUCGGAGUCGUCUUUGCUGUACCACUCCGCAAAGAGGUCAUUAUACGCGAGAAACUCAAGUUUCCCUCAGGUACAGCGACUGCCCUAAUGAUAGGGGUUUUGCACGGCGGAGAGAAGACUGGUGCGGAAGGCGACAUCGAGCAGCAUGCUCUUCGUCAGAGAAAAAGAUCAAAGAGAACGACUGGUGGAGAUGAUGGAGAGAGUGCAGCCCUCAUGGGCAAUGCCGCUUCUACAUCUGGACAAUAUGAUGAGGACGGUGAGCCACUUCGACGGCGCGACAGCACUAAGUUGAAGAAGGAUUGGAUCAAGCAAAUUCGGCUCUUGACCACAUCCUUUGGCAUAUCAGGGGCAUAUCUACACUCGAUUCCAUUGCUUGGUCUACCCAUGUCUAGGAAGUGGGUGUGGAACCUGAAUCCCAGUCCUGCAUACGUUGGACAAGGCAUCAUAAUGGGACCCGCGACGACAAUACAUAUGCUGCUUGGUGCCCUGUUAGGUUGGGCAGUGCUGUCGCCUCUUGCCAAAUACAAAGGCUGGGCGUCUGGCCCUGUAGAUGAUUGGAACACUGGAUCGAAAGGCUGGAUCGUGUGGGUGAGCUUGGCUAUCAUGCUUGCAGAUGCGAUAGUGUCGCUCGGCUGGCUCGUCCUUCGCCCCACUAUAUGGUAUUCUCGUGCCUAUGGGCCCGACCUCAUCAAAGGCUUGCGUGAGAAAGGUCUUCAGCGUUGUCUUCGUGACCUCGCUCAUCCGACCAUGCGCGGCUACAGUCCUGUGAAUCUAGAAGACGAUCCAGUCGGGACCAAAUCGCGGGAAGCAUUCGAAGAGCAGGAAUAUGAUGCACCGCCGGAACAUCAAAUCGGCGUAAAGACAACCCUGAUAGGUCUGGUCCUGACAUUAGGUUUGUGCAUCUUCGCGACCCAAUACACAUUUGCGGGGAUUAUAAGCAUCAAUUUGACUGUUCUGGCACUUCUACUAGCACUCGUACUCAGUAUAAUGGCCGUUCGUGCCCUAGGAGAAACCGACCUGAACCCUGUCUCUGGAAUCAGCAAGCUCACUCAGCUCGUUUUCGCCGCAGUCGUACCCGCCGGCAGCAAGAAUGCCGUGACCAUCAACCUCAUCGCCGGAGGCAUAAGCGAAGCCGGCGCUCUACAAGCCGGAGACUUACUCCAAGACCUCAAAUGCGGUCACUUACUCGGCGCAAGCCCCAAAGCACAAUUCUGGGGCCAGCUCAUCGGCUCGGGCGUAGGAGCUAUCGUAUCCGCCUGUGUCUACAGACUGUACACAAACGUCUACCAAAUUCCAGGCGGUCUCUUCCAAGUCCCCACAGCCUUCGUAUGGGUCUUCACAGCUCGGCUCGUCACAGGUCAAGGUCUCCCUCCCAAGACUGCGGAAUUCGCGGCUGCCGCCGCUGCUAUUUGGGCUGUGCUUACUGCUGUGAGAAUUUAUGGACAGAGUAAGAAGGCGAAAUGGGUGCCUUAUAUUCCUGGAGGAAUUGCAGUGGCGGUGGGUAUGUAUAACACGCCGUCCUUUACCCUCGCGAGGACGGUUGGUGGGUUGAUGGCUUGGUAUUGGACUGUUUGGAAGAAGAGGGAGGAAACUCCUAUGAUUGUGCUUGCUAGUGGACUCAUUCUGGGAGAGGGACUGAUGAGUAUUGUCAAUCUUGGAUUGGCGAGUGCGAAGGUGCCGCACUUGUGAGGGUCAUAUGUUAGCAUGGCAAUAUGAUUUACGAGAUGGAAUAUGCCUGGAUUGAAGUGCCUAGCGGUGUGCGGGAAGGUGCAACUUGCCGUUCUUCUGUCGGGACGCCGUUUGCAUGUGACGCAUCACUUCGGCAGGACACAUCGCAAGAGAUGAGUCUUGAUAACUCAUUCAUUAUCGCCGUCUCUUCAUCACCAGAAUCAGCCGCCUUAGUGCAGUGGUUAGCACGUUUCAUUGUGGCAUACAAUCUGAAGAAACCCCUGUUCGAAUCAGGGAGGCGGCAUUCUUUUUGCUUCUUCGACGGCGACCUUCACAAAAGAAUGAAAAUAGUGGUGCCUGAGCUUCUUGUAGAGGAUUUCCGGUCCUUUCUAUUCAAAUAUCAAGCAAGGUCGUCUCGUAGCAAUCUAAUAUCUACCUGGUAUCUACCAUCAGCACGAUUGUCUAUAUAAAUCAAAAGCU